GAUCGCAACGAAGAUAACGAAAGAAAGAACAAAACAAGUCGCAUAAAAUUUGUCUUAUAUAUUAUAGAUUUUAUCUCUCUGUUUAAAAGAGUGUUUGGAUUUAAUAUGAAUAAAACAUGAAAUGCAAUGUAUAUUUUAAAGGAACUGCUAUGGUAAGACAUUGGUUGCCUGUUUGCUAGAUCGAUACAUGUAAGACAUAUAUAUGUAAAAUGGGAGACAUCAUAGAAGAGACGCCGAUAGAACAAUUUAAAGCGAGACCAGUAAGACAGAGAAGUGUUACGGAAGAAGUUAUAGAAGAUGCGCCGAGAGAAACAUAUAAAUAUGUGCCGGAUAAACUGGAUAUAUAUGGCUGUAUAGUAGACAUGGCGGAAAAUCCGGAGAGGGCAAAAUCUACAUUACGGACAAUUGAAAACAUCUUAAAGGCUCUAAAAGACCACAACAGAUUACCUAGUCUUACUAAAGAGGCUGAGGAAAAAAGAAAGGGAGAGACUGUGCUACAUACAGCUGUAAGGGUUUUCAAGCUUAAAAGUCAAGAAGAAAAAGAAGUAAUCAAGUUACUUAUUUCAGUAUAUCCAAAACUAAUUAAGUUUGACCGGGAAAGUACGGAAUAUGCCGGCCAAACUCCAUUACAUAUGGCUGUAUGUAAAGGCAAUAUAUGGCUUGUCACCACAUUGUUAAAACAACUCAAAACAAGCGCAAAGCACUGGAAAACCACAUUGCUGAAAAGAAAAGCAACAGGCAAAAUCUUUACGAACACUGUGAUGAUGGGAGAAGUCCCCCUGAGUAUAGCAGCUUUGACUUUCAAUAGAGGAAUAUUCGACUUGUUACUGUACGAAGGGGCUGAUCUCGACGGAACGAAUUCCUUAGGUGACAACGUUUGCCAUUCUCUGAUAACAUAUGGUUAUUUAUACCCAGAAAAACUAAAUGACGUAUUAGAAAUGUGCCGAAAGAUAAAUGAGGACCCUGCGCCGUAUGAUACUAGUGCACGAGCGAUACAAAACAGAAAACUCCAAAAGAAGAUUUGGUUAAUGGAGAAUCUACAAGGUUUGAACCCGUUACAACUAGCAGUGACACUUGGUCAACAUCAGGUGUUUUCUUUUAUUAUGGACCAAGAGGCCUACUGUUUCGAAAACUCGAAAGAUGGACUUUUUGACAUCAAAAUAUAUGAUAUUACGGAAAUUGACGCUAUCUCUUCAAUGAAAUCUGGAGACAUAGGAGGGGAAAACGAGAGAAUGCAAAACGGAUGUCAACCGGAGAACAUUUCCCGAAGACAGACUACUUAUCAAAAUGAACCAUUUCGAAAGUCUGUCCUUAUGAUGCUUUUCGAUCUGGAGCCAUCUGUCGCUUUUCAGUUCAUUUUGUUUCCUCCAUUAAUGAGGGUCGUCAACCAGAAGUGGAAUGCAUACAGAAAAUAUUUCUACCCUUGGUGGAUAUUUCAUACGAUAUUUAUGUUUUUUCAUACAUGGUAUUGUAUUGAGAGAUCGAGACAAAACCAUAAUUCCCAAGGGCUUUUCAGUGUCAACAGUCCCCCCGUCUUUACAAAGAAAAUACCAUAUGAUCCAUUUGUUACUACAUAUGGCUCAAUAUGCAUAAUAGUUUCAGUUGUAUACCUUGCUCAGGAGGUGUUGCGUAUGACCAAAAAAAGAAUGCCGUGGACUCUGAACUCAUUCUUGAAUCCCUACAGCAGUGGCUGGUUUCGUGUUAUGUUUGUUUUAUUUGGACUUUGCCUCAUUAUCGACUUUAUCCUUGCCAUUGUCCUUGUUUACUACGAGAACUAUCUACUUAUAGUAGCUAUGGUACUCGGGUGGUUUUUGGAGAUAUUUUUCAUAAGAGCCAUCAAACCGUUCAGUUUCUUCACGGUUAUGAUACAAAAAGUCCUCAUUAUAGACAUGUCACGUUUCUUUGUCAUAAUCGGUAUCGAAACACUUGCUUUCGCUACCGCUAUGUAUAUGGCGAUUCAAGGGUCGAGUGUUGCGGAAUCCACGGAUUAUCGGGACAUUUGGCGGACAAUAUUCUCUAUGUUUAGCUUAAUGGUAGGUGUCGGAGACUUAGUCGCAAUCUAUGAUACUCGUCAUCCCACAUUGUGUAUCAUCAUACUGGUAGGCUUUAUCGUUAUGACCACUUUGCUCAUGCUGAAUGCACUUAUAGCAAUGAUGUCUCGCACGUGUAUGGAAUUGGUAGAAAAUGUUGGAAAUGUAAGGACAAGAGAGCGACAUUGGAAGCUUCAAAAAUUAUCCGUGAUUCUCUUCUUUGAAAGUAUCCUUCCAAAUACAUUUAUAUUCAAAGCGGGUGAAUGUCAGGAAGUUAGGCGAUAUAAUAACACUAUGCACCGAAGAAAAAAAAUGAAAAGAUACAUGCUUGAAGUGCGAUCCUUACAGGAUGAAGACGGGGAUGGAUGUGAAGAAGGAACGAUUUCUACAAGCUGGGGAUUCAGGACUGCUGUAUUUAAUGCUCUCAAAAACAACAAGCGAGGCUCAACAGACAGGCCUCUUUCUGGUAUCAGUGAUAAAAUUCGACACACAUUAAAGAAAAUGAGCAAAAAGAAAGCAAAGAAAAAAGAUGCCGAUGAUGACAAGCAAGAUUGUAUUUUAGAACCCUCUGAGCAAAGACCAGUACAAAUUCAGCCGCAUGUAUCACAUGAUUUUGGCUUGAAUCCAAUGGCUGCGGAUAACGAAUUUCCAAAUGGUGGCUUUUCUGCGAGAACUCCAAGACAAGCUGAGAUUGACAUAUACCAUGUUAAUCUUUGUAGACAAUGCUCUGUCAGCGAUGUCACUCGUGACUGUGAUCAUCAGAUCCGUUAGUGCGAUUUUUCAUUAUCAUGUAUAAUACUGGCCACUUAUCUGUAAUAAAUAUGUAUGUUUCCAUUAUAAUAUGCAAAUACUACAUUUUCAAGAAGCUUUACACCUUAUCUUUCAUGUGUAGUCUCCUACCCAAGCGGCACACAUUUCAUAUGCUUGACAUAUUUUUUGCCAAUUUGAACCUUUUUCAUUUCUCUACAUAGAAGUAGGAUACUCGAAUAUUGUAACACCGAAUUUUGUUCCCAAAGUUAAAAAAAAAUUCACUAUGUCAAAAUAAGAAUUGUUGAAACAUUGUCUUAUUAGGGAACACUGAUAUUUCCAAUAGUAUUCCUAUGUUAUACCUAUGUUUAUCUUACUUUUACAUAUAAAUACAGCCUACAUGCAUGCUGAAACAUUGCGAUAAAUGGAUCAGUUAUUAUCAUUAAUAACAUUUUAAUUAUAAUGCACAUAAUAUGUUGAUUGGCUUAUGGUUGUGGUUUCUUGCUUGCUUAAUUUCUUGCUUGCUUAAUUGAUUGAUUGAUUGAUUGAUUGUUUGUGUGACUGAUGCAUUGAUUGAUAAUUGAAUGGUUGAUUGAAAGAGAUUGAUAGAUCGAUUGAUUUUUUAAGAUAGAUGGAUGGAUGGAUGGAUGGAUGGAUGGAACUAUAGAUCACUUCAUUUAGAUAGAAACUUCUUAAAAGUUUUGCUUUUUGUACCUGUUUGUGUCUAUUGUUGCAAGUUAUGUUUUUUUAUUUCCAUGAUGUCUGUUUCAAGUGUUGAAAUAUGAAUGCAUUAAAUUGUAAAUAGUAUGUAAGACUUUUUGAAAUAAAGUGU